GGCUGCGCAGAUGCCUGAACAAAAUCCAUCUGAGGUCCAUAAAUAACGGCUUUCUAUAUAAAGAUGAGUGGGCGCUCUUUCGAUUCGCAUUUUAAACUCAUUUUCCCUAAAGGUCAGAACACUAGUGGCGUGAAAAGAUCAACAUCAAGAUGCAAAGCUGCAGAUCUGGAGUGCAAUCCAGUUUAACCGACCCUGUGAAGGAAGAGAGUGAAGAUGAGCAGCAGAUGUUUGUGAUUAAAGAGGUUCCGGACCUGUGGAGCUCCAGUUUGGACCAGCAGAACCCUGAACUGCUCCAGAUAAAGAAGGAAGAGGAGGAACUGUGGAUCAGUCAGGAGGGAGAGCUGCUUACUGUGAAGAUUGAGGAUGAAGUGAAACUAAAGUUAUCAGAACUUCAUCACCUUAAAACUGAAGACAGCAGAGACACAGAAGGUCCAACCUGCAGCUCAGCUGAACAGAUUGCAACAGAACCUAGCAGAGAGGAGUGUGGAGGCCCAGAACAGGACUGGAAGUCAGAUCCAAAUACUCAUUUACAGCAGGAUCCUAAAGAAAAUGCUCCAGGUUCUUCUGAAACUGAUGUCAGUGGUGAGGAUGAUGCUGACAACCUGUCGGUGUCUGGUUCUGAAACUGAGGACAGUGAGGAAAUUUGGAGGGAAACCAGGAAAUGUCAGUCAGGUGUAAACAGUAACGUGGGAGAUAAAAGCUCUCAGAAAGCCUUCAGCUGCUCAGAGUGUUGUAGUAAACAGUUUGUGAAUGAGCAGACAUUCAAGGAACACAUGACAUCCCACUCAGGAGAAAAGUCCUCCAGCUGUUUGGUUGAGAAGGAAGAAGCAGAAGUCAGAGCUGGGAAGAAAUCAGUUGUUUGUGGCGAAUGUGGGAAAACAUUUCUGUACCGCUGUUAUCUCAAAUCUCACAUGAGGAUCCACACUGGAGAAAAGCCCUUUCAUUGUGUUGAAUGCAACAAGACGUUUCAGUAUCGGUCUAGUCUUACAAUUCAUAUGACAAAACACAGAGGAGAGAAACUGUUUCCGUGUGACGUAUGUGAUAAAAAAUUCUACCAAAAGGCAACGCUUAAGCAGCACAUGAUGAUCCAUAAAGGAGAAAAACCAUUUGCGUGUGGUGAUUGCGACAGACAUUUUAGACUUAAAAAUGAUCUUCGAGUACACAUGCUGUCCCACACAGGAGUGAAGCUGUUUGGCUGUGGUUUCUGCAACGCCAGAUUUACCCGGGACACAGGUCUGCGCCUACACAUUAGACGCCACACGGGAGAGAAACCCUUUGCCUGUGAUAAGUGCGAUAAAAGAUUUGUCCGAAACGCAGAGUUGAAGAGACACGUGAUUUACCAUGCGGAAGAAAAGCCAUUCAUCUGUGAUGUUUGUGGAGCAACUUUUACACGAAAAUCGAGUUUGAAGACACACAAAAUAUCGUUCCAUGAAAAUAAAUAACUAUUCAGUUUACAGAUUUAUUUUAUAUUUCUUUUUUUUUUCUUUCCUACAAGCACUAAUGUGGGUUGUAAAGCCUGAGGUUUAAUUAUGCAUGUUGUUGUGUUGGUUGUCAUGCAAAUACACACAAAUGGAUUGUGGAGCACAAUGUGACUAGGAUUUCCAUCCAUUGUUUAUCAUCUUACUUGAUAUCGGGUCAUGGAGGUAUUUAAGAAAUGGAAACCCAGACAUCCCUCGCCCCAGUGAUACUCCUAGGGCAGAAAGAAUAGAAAGAGCCACAAGUAAGUCAGCAUUGGGGUCUCUUCCCAAUGAGUCCCACCUAGGAAUCUCCAAAGGGAGGAGUCAUCCUGAUGAGAUAUAUGACCAACUUUAACAAAAACCUUUUGAUUCAGAUGGCUUUUUGGUUCUUGAUCUUGUUCUUUCUGUCAUGAUCGAUAUCUGAUGGCCAUAGGUGAGGGUCAGAAUGUAGACAGACCAGUAAAUAAAGAGCUUUACUUCUUGGCUAAACAAUUUCUUCAACCAUGGCAACAGCAUUAUUGCAUAAAAGGCCCCAAUCUGUCAACCUAUCUCUUGUUCCAUCCUGCUGUCACUUGUGAGGUAGAGACCAAACUUCUUUAACUUAUCAACUUGAGUCAGAGACUGUCCUGACGUAGAGGAAGCAGCUCAUCUUAAAUUCUUAAAAGUUUUACGCACAGCUGCAAUCAAUUCAGUGCAAGGUAUAAGGUUUAUGAUAGCAUUAGAACCACAUCAACAGCAAAAAAAAGAUAAGACCCUUAGGUAUCCAAACUAGAUUUCCUCCGCUGUACUGUAGGGUCUGUACUGGUAGAGAAGUGAUAAUUGUAGUGAGACUGUGGACUGCUCUUGAUUUGGCCAUAGAAAGACCAGAGAAACCUUAAAAGCAUCUUUGGUACCACAUGCUUCUGCAGCACUCCCUACAAAAAAACAUUGGAUCUAGGUUGCAAGCCUUCGCCAGAUCCCUUAACACAUGUGAACUAAACAAUCAAACUGCCACGACCCCCUCAGCAGCUUUGUAAUGGUAAAGAUUGGGUCCACUGUUCCACAUCCAGGGUAAAAGCCUAAAUGCUCCUCCUAAAUCUGGAGUUUGAAGCUCAGCUGGAGUUUUUCCAACAUGUUGCAACAAUCUAGAAUAAACUUUCCCUGGGAGGCUGAGAGGGGCGAUGCUUCAAUGGGUGGUACACAAUUCAAGAAAGCCAGGUAAUCUGAUUUUUUUUCUCAAUAAAAUCGGGAAUCCAGUAGGAUGCUCCACUUCCUAACCCAGAGGAGAUGUGGACUGUGGUACGUUACCAGGUACCAGAGGUUAAAAUAAAGGACCCGAACAAAGCAACAUAUAGAAAAUAAAAAUCACUGUUAAAUAUUAA